UGGCUGCUCGUGCAGAAGUCUCUCUCGUUCGGAAGCACGCUGCUGCCUAACUCCUGGCUGAGCAGACUCCACUUCAGCAACUUUGCUGCCUUACGCACCAUCGUUCGGCCGUUGUCAGAGCAGCCGCCACGGCGGGACCGCCGGAAGGCACCAUGCGCAGGUCUAGCACCGACGAGUCGACGUAUCGCCGGAGCCCGUCCCUGGACAGCAAGGAUUACAGUUUCCCCAAUGGCGCCUUUCGUCGCUACAGCAGCAUGUAUGGCGGCCAGUUUGGGGCUGCCAGCAACUCUUUUUUCGGAUUCCACACCAACCCAGGCCCUAAGGCCACCAAGGCUAAGUACACGUCCCCCAAGGGAAACAAGUACGUUGUCUUUUACCUGGAUCUCUCGUUUAUUUUUCUCCUAGAGCUGAAGAGGUGCAGCAUGGCUCACAACUGCCUGCAGUGUAUCAAGUACCUAAUGUUUGUCUUCAACCUUCUCUUCUGGUUGGGAGGCUGUGGAAUUCUUGGAGUAGGCAUCUGGCUGGCUGUUACCCAAGGCAACUUUGCUACCCUCUCCUCUUCUUUCCCAUCCCUGUCAGCUGCCAACCUACUGAUCGUCACGGGGACUUUUGUCAUGAUCAUCGGCUUUGUGGGCUGCAUAGGUGCCAUCAAAGAAAACAAGUGCCUCCUGCUGAGUUUUUUUAUCAUGCUGUUGAUUAUAUUUCUGUUGGAGCUCACCGUUGUGAUUCUCUUCUUCGUCUACACUGACAAGAUUGACAAGUAUGCUCAGCGGGAUCUGAAGAAAGGGCUUCAUUUGUAUGGGACAGAUGGAAAUAUUGGCCUGACUAAUGCAUGGAGCAUCAUUCAAACAGAUUUCAGAUGCUGUGGUGUCUCCAACUAUACCGACUGGUUUGAAGUGUACAACACAACCCGAGUGCCAGACUCCUGCUGCUUGGAGUUCAGUGAGAACUGUGGGCUCCAUUCCCCAGGGACCUGGUGGAAAGCGCCUUGCUAUGAGACAGUGAAAAUAUGGCUCCAGGAGAACUUACUAGCAGUGGGAAUCUUUGGAUUGUGCACAGCUCUGGUGCAGAUUCUUGGACUCACCUUUGCAAUGACCAUGUAUUGUCAGGUAGUCAAGGCAGACACCUACUGUGCAUAGAUACCAUUCCCAAUCUCUCUGCUUCUCCUCCAAAGGACACAGGAGAAAUCUCCUUCAUGCUCAUUCUUCUGACCUUCCCCCCCCCCCCCUUUGUAAUAUAAACUGUGUAUAAUGCUAUCUUUCUGAAGAUUUUGUGAAUCACCCCACUUCACUGAAGGAGGAAGAAAAGACAAACUCAGUACUUGAACUGGCACAGGUAAGAAGCAGCCUUGUCUUUGAACAGAAGAAAACCUCCAAAGAGCAAUGGUUCCUUUUCAAUGGCCUAUGGCAAAACUAAGGAGGCUGCUUAUGGAAGGCUGAUCUGCAAACUGCUGUUAGGAAAAGAUUGCACUGAGGAAACCUCUGUGAAAGCUGCCAGGUUGCCUUCUAGCAUAUCACAGUCUGCAAGAGAGGGUGCAGAAAAUGAGUAUUCUUCAGCAUUUGAAGAAGGUGCAGAGUAGCUAGCAUUGAAUGCAAUUGCUCACACACAGGUAGAAUGUCAAGCGCAAGCUGCCCUGCCUCCAAGUGUCUCAAGAUGAUUUUGUAGCCACGAGAGGAUCAUCUUCAGAAAUACGUUAAUCUCAUGUGCUGCAAAGUCAUCUGAUCUGGCUGUUAAGGGGAAAAUAAUAUUGGACAAUGUCUCACUUACUUACUUACUUACUAAUUGCCAGUGGCAUUGUAGAUUGUUGGCUGUAUAUGUAAUAUAUAUUCAUAUACACCUACUGUUCUGAAAGGAGAUGAAUACCUAGCAUCUAACCUCAGAAAGAGGGAACCCUUCUAUCCAAUUUUACAUUCCAACUGAAAUAACUGAGUAUUAUUUCUUGUAGGAGGCACUAUCACUUAUACCUCUGGGAAACAAGUAAUUACAUGCAGCUGUAUCUUUAUUUCAGUAAACAACUUGUGAGUGGGCUCUCUGUCAUUCUACUAUUUUUUCAUUCCUGUUUCAAGUUAGUCUGCCAAAAAAUAUCACUUCUUUCCACACUUGAAGAUCCAUACACAAAUCUGUCAGCUCUUCCUUCCCUGAAUGUCACCAUUUCAUUAAUUUACUCCAGGAUACCAUCAUUUGCAGGUAUGAUAGAGUUUGGCUUGCUGAGGAUAAAUCUUUUUGCACGUUACUUAUCUUUCCUAGAGUUAUUAAGGCUUCAGAGGUUUUUUAUGCUUAGAAUUUUUUAGCGGCUUCCUUAUGACAGCCAAGGCACAUCAGUCUUUGUUGGAAGUAGAGUCACCUCUCAGUUCUGCCUUUCAUACCCAUCUCCCUCCUCCUAGCUUCAACGGCUGUUGACUAGAAUAACCUCCACUUUUUGCAGAAUUUGGAGAAAUCAAAGUUGUAACAACUUUCCUUUGCCAGAGAACAGCUAGCAGUUGCCUGAUUUCUUCCCCCUGCAUUGGUAACUGAUGUAAUUUUAGGUAGUAGCCUUCUGUAGAAACCAUGGCUAUGAGGUUAAGAACCAGGUGCUUCUUACAAUGCAAACAAGUUGCAAAGAAUUUCCCACCAGCAAGCAGCCUCAGACAAUGCACAUACAUGCGCCUGCAUGAUAAGAAGUGGCAGAAGCAUCCUGGGGAAAAUGAACAGCAGGGAACAGGCUAACAGAGAGAUUCACCUGGCCCGUUCCCCACGGCCAGCUCACUCAGGGCCUCUCAGCCGCUGCCAGGGGAGCGGCUAGACAGCCCGGGUGCCCGAUGCAGCCAUUCCUACUGUGACAGAUUAGAAGUAUGCAUCAAGCUCAGGCACCUGUUACUUGUACCCUCUAGUACUUAAAACAGAAGGUCUCAGCUACAAAUGAUGCUUUGCUUACCUUGAUUUAAAUGCAAUUUCCAGCAGGAAGGCUGGACUCUUCCAAUCCAUAGUCUGUAUAGCAAUCUCCCCCAAACAUCAGUAAGUAAUCCUAUCCUGGACCUGCAUCGUUGGACAAAUACUACUACUCUCUAUUUUUUUUCUCUCCUCACUAAUUUCUUGCAGUCUUCUCCCCCCUCAGGCCCAAACUACCCUGUGUUUUGUGGAAACAUGCUUAGGACAGUCUGCUCUGUGAAACUGCAAGUACCUUUCAAAAUUCUGUGCCUACCUUUAUGCAGCAACCACUGUACCAUUGGGCACUUACUUACUUGUGCAGGCUAAGUUCGAAGUAAUACAUUACUUGUGUGUAUGUUAUAUGCCUUCCCAAUCACUUGCUAUCACAGCAACCUCAUUACCCCUAAUGGAUUUUAUUACUGGUGAUUGGUGGUGAUUUUAUUAGUGCUGAUUUUACUACUAUUAUUGCUAUACCAACAAGCCACAAACGUUAACAGACGUUGACCCAAGACAGAAGUUUAACUGAGUGAGUACCCAAGAAUACACAGGAUCUCUCUGCCUUGAGCAAGAGACUUACUUACUCUUGGUGUUGUAAUCACCAAAGUCUCAUGUUCCACUUCCCGAGCUGAGACAGACCUGUAAACAGUCUUGUUCUUUGAGAGAUGGAGAGGUGGUAUAAGCAAGUUUGUUCCUCCCUCCCUCCACUCUUUUUUAUUUUCUUACCUGCAUAGAAGCAAUUCCAAGUUAGAUGUACCAUUAGGGUAAGUUCUUGCCAUGGUUUAUUAUAAUAGUUGGACUCACUCUGAGGUGCUCUUGCUGACAGCUGAGAUUCCACCACUGAAAAGCAGUGUAACAGUGAUAUGAACACAUUAACAGAACAUUGAUUUUUAAAAGAAAGAUAAAAGAUAGACAGACAAGGUUAUUGGUAGUGGUCCGCCAUUAAAAUUUAACAAAACACAGAGCAGUCCUGAUGGCUCAGGACUCAGUUGAUGAGCGCAAACCGUUGUGCAAUAGAGCUCCCACAGAGGCCACCUCUCAUCAGUUUACCUGCUGCUGGUGCAGGAAAUGAGAGACCACAACCCUCAUCAUGUGAGUCUCCUAAUAAUGCAUGCUGAGCUCUUAGAGAAGACAGCUAGGCUUCAUGAAACCUACAGAAGACACAAAAUGAGAAACAGUAGGAAGAGUGAAGACAAGUCACCCCUUCUGGUUCCCUCUAAUCAGGUGCCAUGCAUUAGGUGUCUGUCUUUACAAGCUAAACUGCCUGGUUUUCAAAGAAAGAGAAGUAUUAGCAAUACUGUAUUUGUAAAUCCCAGUCACUGCAACAGCAACAUUCAGCAGUAACAGGGGAGGGGGAGCCAAACCCCAAACUCCUCCUUGCAUUGCAUAAACACUACUCUUACACUGCCAACAGAGAUGUUAGUGCAACUUACUAAGUCUGAACAACAACUGGGCUAUUUUUCUAUAUUUGAUGUUGUUAGCACUCUUCACACAGGCCACCAAACAGAUGAUAUGGUGCUUAAAGCAUUACCAGCGCAAUCCAAUUGUAAACCUUUGUCCAUACUCACUCCGUUCAACAGUACACGAAAAAGCGUCAGACUUUUACUUACUUACUUAUCAUACUUUGUUUUUAAAAAAGAAGGAGUUGCAGCCUUUCUCCAGCAACAGUCUGAAUAUUUUUUGAUGUGUCACAUUAGCAUUUAAAAAAACAUAAAUAGCUUUUUUUAAAAAAAAGAAAAAAAGUUCCAUAGUGUGCAGAAACUUUAGCGUGAACUAGCUGAUUGUAACUUCCCUGUAGUACAUAAUACACCCUUUUACAAGGCUGCUUGUACCAUAGAUACGCAGAGCAACACAGAAGUCAUUCCAAUCGCCUCCGUUAGUGUAUUGUCAAUUUUACUAAGGACUUCUAUAUUAUUUAUUUUCCCAUUUUAUUUUUGAGCAUGAAGGAGGACUUCUUGUUACAUUUAAAUUGAAGACAGACUCAAAGGCAACAAAGUCAGAGACUGAAGCCAAGCACUCUUAAUUUAUACUCAUUGUGCUUUCUCAUUAAUAACAAGGUAUGAAGGAAUAGGGCAUACAGCUGGACCUCCUGAAUUCAGCAAGAUCAAGAUUUGGCUUUUAGGUUCAGUCCAAUAUAUUUUUGGCUCUUCUGUCCUUCCACCUCUACAACUAUAGGAAUAUAUAUAAAUCUAUAUAUAAUAGAAUGUGUUUUAUUUUCUUGUACAGUAACUGUCAGUAGCAGCCAAAACUUACUGCUUGAUAGAAUUAUUUAGCUCUACAUCUUAUAGCACACAAUCAAUGAAAUUCACUUCUAUGAAUACUUAUUUACUCCUUCCCCUCAAAUCCAACCUUCUAAAGAUUUUUUUUCUUCUAUUUAAUCAUUACCAUUUGAAUGCUGCAUUGUAUGAUUUAUAGUAAGGAGAGGAAGGAACCGCUCAGAAGCUAUAUUUUAUCUAGCAUCAGAAAUAUAUGGCUCCUACGCAAAUCCAUCCCACCCCUCACUUCUUACAAGCUAAUUAAAAAAUAGUUGCUUACCUCUCUCAGUGCUUGUGGUUCCAAGCUGCCUCUUCCUCCAUUCAUGGGUAAGACAGGAGGUUGUCGUACGGAAAAAGUUAAAAGCCAUUCACAUACCUGAUAUUGAUAGUUUCACUGUUAUGCUGUAAGUGUGGCACCAAAGGUAAGCAGCAGGGGAAAAAAAAGAAAGAAAAAAAAAAAGAAACCCCACAAAGGUGGCAUUUAUUUUAAAACCAAGCUAUUAUUUACUUUGUCCACAAGGACUCAUGCUAAGUGUGAAUGAUCUUCAUAGAUACUGCUUUUGACAAUUCACAGUAAGAAAACAAGUCAGGACUUGCCAUCGGAAAUUCUGUUUGGAGCUCCUUUGUGAAUUCUCUUAGUUUGUCACCUGUAUCUUAUCAUAGUAGACAGGUCUUCUCUGUUCCUUGGAUUUUGUCACUGCAACAAUAAUGAUACAUUUUUGUGCAUUCAUAUAAAGAACAAAAUUUAAA